UGCUGAUGUCGGGGUCCCUGGUUCCUGCCCAGGUCAGUUUUGCUGUGAGCUGCGGUGCCUGGCCGUUCACAUUCUAGCUGGCUGCCUUGCUCUGGAGGAAAGGCGGGCUAGGGGCAUUCAGCCCCGCAGUGGUGCUUCUAUUGAAGUGCAUCUCCUGAGUUGUUUUGUAAGGAUUUCACGCGGUGCUGUUCUCAUCUUCCUUGUCUCCUGGUACCUCAGUUGAUUGUUCCCAUUGGAACACAAGGUCGGAAAGCAGCAGAAACCGCCCAGAAAACCAGAUGCUGCGUUCAGACUGUUUCUCUGGGGAGAUGUGUUACAAAUCUUGUCCAUUUGUGAAGAGUGGGGCUCUCUGCCCCAAUGUAGGUUCUUGUUCCUGCCUUGUCCCUUCCUCACAUAUGCCAUCUCAUGGUGAUGCUGCUGUGGUGGGAGAGUUGGAAUUCUCUCCGGAGCUUGGUCAGUGCUACUGUACUUGUUCAGGAAAAACUGGUGUUGCUUUAGAUCUGGGUGAAACAAGUGUUUUUCACCUUCUCCCUAGGGGACUGAGUGCAGUAUCACUUCUGCACAGGGACAAGUGCAACCCUGUUGUAGGACAGAAAGAAAUGUGGUCCCUGGAGUUCUGCACUGUGCCCUGCUGUUGCCCUCUUCUCUAAGGUGCGCUAGUGGAGCUGUAGAUCUCAAACUGCAGCCAGGCUGCAUAGCCCAAGAUAAAGUAUGUCACUGGCAGUCUCAGAGGGCUGAUCCAUUUUAUUUAAAUUUAGGGGAUCCUUGGAACUCCUGGCAAGUUGUCUAUGUGACUUGGGCAGAGUUCACAUGUCCCCAGUUCGAGGCCAAUGAGCCAGUUUCCUUUGGCUUAAUGGCCAGUAUAAAGCUGGGUGUGAGCAGUUCAGUGCCCAGUUCUAUAAUUCUCUCAUGCAUCAAUUGCCAGGGUGUAUUCGCCUCAUGAUCUUUAUAGAAAUCUACAGUUCCUGUUCUGAAGUGCAAAUGGAAUGUCAAGUGAUGGUCUGUAGAACCUCAUUACAGAAAAGCGUUUCUAAACACACUUUGGGACGUCUUCCAAGAACCUGGAUGGUCUGAUGUGAGGGAAGCUUGAGGGGAGACUAAAACAAAGCCUAGAAUGCCCCGCUGUCCCCAAAGCAUCCUGCAGGCUAAAUCAGGGCAAAUCUCAUGACUGUCUCAGAGCAGAAAGUGUGUGAGAACAGUGGGUAAAGUGCAAAGCUAGAAAACCAUUGUGGGCAGUUGCAUGCAGAUGUUUACAAGAUAAUGCAAGCAGUGGAAAGGGAAAGGAAAUUGAGUUGCUGCCAUACCACAAAAUCAUUGCCAUGUCUAGCAAUGUUAGCAGCAGCUAGAAUGAUCCGGGGCUGCUUUAAUGGAAGAUGCUGCAGGUUAGGAUUGAGGUGCGUUAGCCGAGCUGUCUUGAGGACUCCAGAAUUAAUUAUUGGUGUCUGUGGGUCACACUGGAGAGGUGCUGCUAGAGUGGGGUGGUGAAAGCUUACACUACCUUUCCUAGUACAAAGUCUCAUCUUUUCUGAGAAUUAAAAUUCUCCAAAAUAUUUUUAAAAGACUAAAGUACAAGACUCUUCUCUGUCCCUACUGCAUGUGUUUAAUAGCUGAUGUGAUUGCCAUUUUUUAGUUAAUCCCAAGAGAAGUGCACAGGGGGAAUGUAUCUAAUGUGGGAGACUGUAAAAAAUCAACGGUAUCGUGAGGCAGGGAGGGAGGAUGAAGCAGCAAAUACCCUUCACUAUGGGAACAUCCAAAAUGUGUCCAUCUAGGAAUUACACUAACAUCUUACCAGCUGGCAUCUAGCUUGCAUAAAACAGUCCUUUGCAUCUGCCCUGGGUAUGGAGGUGCAAACCAUGGAUAGUAGGGGUCCCAGCAUACAGUACUCCAUCUUGUCCAAAGAGGAGGCCCCUGCGCAGAUGUUCUGUCUGUCUAAUGCCCCCUUGGUCCAUGGGCUGCACUUCUGUAUUCAAGAUGAGGUCAGCCACAGUCCAUAACACAGAAUUGUGUGGCUUGUGUUUAGCCUGGAGUAACCCUGCUGCUUUCCUUUGACAAGCACAAACAGGCCUCUCCCUGCUACCAGGGAGGUGCCAAGGGGUUCUACAGGAUUUGGCCUAUGAUGAUAAAGUGCUUGCUCCUGCUGGCAGCUGUAGCUAAUUGGAGCCUCGCCCAGGCAUGUUUCUAGUUAAAUUCUUUGUCCUUGCUAUAUUAGUGCACUUCAUCCCAUGGCCACUGUCGGUUAGUAACCCUAGUAAUGUUCUGGGCUGGAAGGAGGUGCUACAUACCACCUUGGCCCCUCCACUAAUUGAUCUCAGUGUUUGGGGACCUUCAUCUCUUCCUAAGCCAAUAGCUGCUCUGUAUUUCUGUCCUGGCACAUUCCUUUCAUCCCGCCCUGUGCCUGCCUGUUUCCUCCCCCACACAUACAGCAGCAGCAUUAACAAAUUUGGAGGAUGAGUGGCAGAACCAAGCUGUGGACUGGAAUGAAAAACAUCCUGUUUACUCAUGUAAACAGUGAGUCCGUUUUUUUGGCAAAAUGUUCAGUCUGUGGUCUUCCAGACAGAAAAGGACAAAAUUGGUCAGAAAAUCUUUUUUUUUUUUAGAUGCCGAAACAAUGAACAAUUGAAUCUAAAAUUGUGGGAAGAAAAAAGAUACUUGACCAGUCACUCAUUUAAAUCAUCUUCUAUUACUGUUCCCUCUUCCUUAAAAUUACCCAGCUGGAAACUUGCAUAAUAUGCAUCUCCUUAAAUGACUAUGAACUAAUGUGCUGAAUAUAGAGGGUAAAUCCAGAGCAGAGCUUUGAAGCUGGAGCUGUGCUGUGAGGCUGGUGUGUUUGGGAGACUGAUGUAUGAGGAAAGAUUAAAGGAGCUAAAUGUGUCUAGUUUGGCUAAGUAACAAUUACAGUGGAUUAAAAUGGGGUGUGGGACACAGAAUGGUUUAAUUGCCACAGGUGGGGGAAGGCCUGAGUAUAGUCCCACGGGCUAUAAUUGGAGAUUGAGCUGAAAUUCAGAAAAGAGACAUUGAAGGUGAACUGUAGGAAAAGCUUCCUGAGCUGGUAUGUUUCUAGCUGUAGAAUCCUCACCCCAAGGGAAGAGAAGGGAACAGUUCUGUCUUGGCCCCACUGAAGGGAAAGGGAGGUUGUUUUGCGUGGCCCUUGAUAAGACCUAAUCUCUCUUCUGAGCUCUCUAACUUCUGAUUCUUUGGUUUACCCUGGAGUUCAGCUCUCUGUCGCUCUGCACAGUGAGAUGCGUGCACCUCCUGGUUAUCUAGUCUGUAUUUCUAGUGCACUUCCCUAUUUGAGGUUAGUCUCUUGAUAAGUGUUUCUAGCAAGGUGAAGCUAAGUGUGGUUUUGUGCUCCCUGGGCUGAGAGCACUUUCAGCCUGAAAGCAUAGAGGGCGAGGAGUGUAUCGCUCCCUCUUCAGCCCGUGGCUGGCCUAAGGAUGGGGUUGACGGGCUCUGGUUAACCUUUCUUUGCUUGCUGCUGGGAGGUGAGAAACCAAGACGAAUGGGGCUGGAGUUGAGGGGUGGCAUGUUUCAUGAGCAGCUUUUACUGUUGAAUUUAUGAAGUGUUGGGAGGAGACAGCCCCUCUAGCUAGGGGUGAGCAUGGAUCUCUGGGGCUGUUGGGUACAGGCCAGAAUGUCAGUGAGGGAAACGGAAGAGCCUGGGUUCCAAUCCAUCUACAUCAGGUGAGUGGCAGGGCCACAUGCUGCAUGUGACUCAUGCUCGGAUCAGUGGGGGAGAGGACCAGCAAAAGAACUAAUGUUUGGAAGCAGAUUCUGGAUCUGUUUCUGUUGCCAUCUAAUGCUAUCUGACGAUGGUUUAGAAACCGAUGUAUCAUCUGUCACCACAGCUCUUUUCAAAACUGAGCUAGUCUUCCCAGCGCACCUCCUAAAGAGUCAGUUAUAACAAUUUGCAUGUACAGUGUGUUGCGCUGUGAGGAUUUGUACUUGUGCAGCUCUCCUUAUUCUACAGCGGGGGAAGGAACUCUGGCACAGAGGGGGAAGUCCGUCUGCCCACAAAGCCGCAGUUAUAGAUUCAUCUUAGUAACAGGGGCUCGCAGCUUUCUUCCCAGUGCACCAGCUAAGAACGGCUCUGUUUGGUUUCCCAGGUUGUUUUCCUCCACUUCUCUGCGACCUCUCUUUCUCCUCAGCAUCUCUCUGCUUGGAAUUCUCUUGCUGGAGAGGUGGAAGCCCAGGUUCCUGUUUGACUUCUCUGCGCAGCCCUCGGAGGAGCCGGGAGGGGACAGUGAGAGCGUGACAGCCGGAGCACAGCCCCACCUCCUCAGCGUCCCCGAGCUGUGCUACUGCCUGGCUGAGAGCUGGGUCACCUUCCGGUUGUACCUGCUGGAGCUGCUCCAGUACAAGAGGCAAAACCCUGCCAAGUUCUGUGCGAGGGUCUGUUCGGGGUGCCUGAUCCUGGCUAUGGUCGGACACUAUGUUCCGGGCAUAAUGAUCUCCUCCAUCGUCUUGCUCAGCAUUCUGCUGUGGCCUUUGGUGGUUUACCAUGAGCUGAUCCAGCGGAUGUACACUCGGCUGGAACCUGUCCUGAUGAAACUGGACUACAGUAUGAAAGCAGAGACCCUGCACCUGAAGCACGAGAAGAGAAAGCGCCAAGGAAAGAGUGAACCCAUGGCUGGCGAUGAGCCAAUGGCGGAGACCGAGAGUGAGAGCGAGGCGGAGCUGUCUGGCUACUCCCCGGUGGUGGAUGUGAAGAAGACAGCACUAGCGCUGGCGAUUACAGACUCUGAGCUCUCUGACGAGGAGGCUUCCAUCCUGGAGAGCGGGGGCUUCUCUGUCUCCAGGGCCACCACCCCGCAGCUGACUGAUGUGUCUGAAGACCUGGAUCAGCAGAGCCUGCACAGUGAGCCGGAGGAGUCCUUCGCCAAGGACCUGGCAGAGUUCCCCUCCGUAGAAGAGUAUCAUUCCAGAGACCUGGGGCCACAAAGCGACGACGAUGCCUUCGGGGUGCCACUGGGCCCUGAGCUUGCCCAUGCUGCCCACGAGCUGGACUCUGUGGAGAAGGAAGCUGUGGACUCUGACCUCUCUGUUCUCCAUCUAGCUUCUCCUCUCCAUUUUGUAAAUACGCACUUCAAUGGGAAUGGGCAAGUGGCGCCAGGCGGCGCAGAGCCGCAGACUGCUGCUGCCCCCGGCCUGGGCAUCUGCAUCGAUGUGCUAAGCGAGGAGAUUGUCACCACUGCCAUCACCACGGUGGUGCAGAACACCCUCUCGGCCCUGCUGCGCUCCUCUGAAGCUAGUGAGGGGCCUUCCCUCUCUGAGUUCCUCCCCACUGAGCCCGAAGAGAGACUGAACUUCCAGGCGCAGCUGUCAGAGACCGAGGUGGUGGGGACGGAGACUGCAGCUCUCCCGGAGGAGGAGGGGGAAGUGGAUGACUUUGAGCUACUGGAUCAGAGGGAGCUGGAGCAAAUGGAUGUAGAGAUGGGGCUUGGAGGAGAGCAGGAAGUGCAGGAAUCGCCCGUCACUCCAGUUCCAGCUUCCUCCCAGCCCGCCUUUUCCGAGCUGCCAAAGCAAGAGGAUCCAGAGGAGGCGGCGUCAGCGACGUCUUUGUCUUAGGUCGUCUCUGUCACCCCCUCUUUCCUAAUCCUCCCUGGAAGGAAGGAAGGAUGGACGGACGGACGGACUCCUGCAGUGAGAGAUUCAUGUUGACCAGGAUGGCAAAAAGGCUGUGUUCAUGGGCUGUGUCUGGAAUCACCCAUCCUUCCCAGCCCAGCCUUCCUCAGGCAGAGUGAGGAGAGGAGCCAGGCCGCAGUUGUAACACCAACCCCAGCAAAAGCUUCCUAGUGAUGGUGCAGUAUUUUGGUCUGUCUUCUGUUUGUCUUUCGCUUUGCACGCAGGGUACUGCGCUAGAUGUUGCUGCUGCUAUCCCCACAUCCCCAGUAGGACAGAUGCAAUCUUAUUUUAUUGGGUUUUUAAAUGGCUAAACGUGUAAAUAAUUUUAACUGUCUUUGGUUGAGCUGGAUGAGGGGAGGGGAAGGAAAUACAACUCAGAUCUCCGGGUGGGGGGAAGAGCAGAGGCAGGCCGCUUCCUACCAGCAAGGAAAAGGUGGGUGGCUGCAGGAAGGGGCCUGCGAGGCUGACAGCAGACUGUAGUAGCCUCUCCAUCAAACCUAGCGUCGGGCAUUUCCCUGUGUCUGGCCUGGAGACCACUGCUGUGAAUGGAGCAGCUUCCAGGUCUGGACCAGUUGCUCCUUGCCCCGGUUCUCUCCGUCUUUAACUCUGCGGCACACAGAUGGCUCCUCAAACCAUCGUGCUCUGAAUAAGCAUGACCAAGCCAGACCCCCGAGUGCUGCUUCCUCUUGUCUAGUGUCUCGCUGUGGCAGCUGGCUGGCUUUCCGGUGGCUUGUGCAGCGGAGAAGCGUCUGAUUGUUUUAUGGGUGAGACUGUUUUGUGGCCCUAGUCCGAGGGGCUGCGCAGACAGUAAUUGUGUGAGAGGCACCCCCCCAAAAUCUAUUUUUUUUUGAUAACUAAAGGCUGUUUUUAGGCAGUGUUCUGCAAUCUCUUACUGCACUUUACGUCCCAAGUGCCCCCUCCCACGCCCAAGGCCGGGCCAAUACAACUCCGCUCUACCACUUCGUCCCUCGUAACCCGUGUCCCUGCUGUGAGCACUUGGCAUCUCCGUUCCAGUCCCGGCGCAGGAUCGUUUACUGCUGCCCGGUGAACCUGCUCCUCCUCUGGCAGGGCUGCCCUUGCUGGGUCUGGGAGCUGUUAGGGCAGUGUGAGGGACUGAAGAGCUGCCUCAGAUCUUGUCCUCUCAAGCAGGCCCUUUGGAAGCACCUCCCAUUCUAGCCCAGUUGGGUACCCAGCGCUUCCUGGGCCUGUCCCAGAGUGUACCGUGGACUAGGUUCUGAUCUCGCUUCCAGCAGGAGGCUCUGCUCCCUGUAUCGCAGCCAUAGGUCAUCCUAGCUGUAGUCCCUGCCCGAAAUGGCUCCUGUUGUGCUCCUGGAGCAGGGACUGGGCGUCCUUGGCCGUAGCUCUGGCAUGGAAACAGGAGAGGCUCUACUGACGCUAAGGGGGGAGCUGUAAACUGACCUGGCAGCUUCUGUGCACAGCCCAGCAGAAAUGGCUCAGCCAGCGUGUGAAGGCUCACCGUGUACGCUUGGAAGUUCUAGGCCUGUUCGGGCUAGCUCUGUCUGCACAGACAGCGGAGCACCGCAGGUGUAUGUGCAAAAGGCCUCUGUGAAAUGGUGGGCCGUGGAACUUCGGGCUCUGCCUCGGGCAUAUAGGCCAACACGCCCAAGAGCAAGGCUGCCUGGAGUCCUGCCUGUCGUCGCACCUAGUACGUCCAAUCCCUCUCACUUUCGUAACCCUCGUACUGUCUUAAUGUACCCCGGGGUCUGGCUGAGACUGCCCAAGCGUUACCGCUAAGGGUCUCUGUGUCCUCAUUGCACGUAGACCCUGCAGCGUGAGGGCCCUUGGCUAGCGGAAGUGGAGGAGUGGGAAUCUUAUGUAUGUACGGGGCUGUUGCAGCCUCUCCUAUCAACUCUUACUUAGGGUGCUGCAGUCGAGGAAUGUAUGGAAAGUGAGAGGCUGCAUGCCCGUGGCCACCAGUCCCUGGAAUAUGGGCCCAGGGUGGGAGUCUGUCUAGCCUGAGUGCCGAGGCAGGAUGCCUUGCUGUGCUUCCCUGCCCUCAGCC